AUGAAGUCUGUCACUCUGUUGUUGCUUCUGGCUGGUCUUACGCAGGCAAUUGACGUGCCGCGGAAACCUCACGCACCCACAGGAGGUGGUAAGAAGCGACUGACCUUUAAUGAGACCGUGGUGAGUAAGGCGAUUACUCCCUCGUCUAUUUCGGUGGAAUGGAUUGCGACCGCCAAGGAUGGGGAGUACGUCUACCAGGACGGGGAUGGGAGCCUGAAAAUUGAGAGCAUUGUCACCAACCAGACAAAGACUCUCGUCCCCGCCGACAAGGUGCCGGCAGACUCAUACAGCUACUGGGUCAAGCCCGAUUUGUCAUCGGUGUUGUGGGCGACCAACCACACCAAACAAUAUCGACACUCGUUCUUUGCCGAUUACUACAUCCAGGAUGUUGAGUCGCUGGCAUCCACUCCCCUGGUGCCUGACCAGGUAGGUGACAUCCAGUACGCACAGUGGAGUCCUGCGGGAAAUGCCAUUGCCUUUGUCCGUGGAAACAAUCUGUUCACUUGGUCCGAUGGUUCGACCGCGGCAAUCACCAAAGACGGGGGACCGGACAUGUUCCACGGGGUUCCCGACUGGAUCUAUGAAGAAGAGAUUCUGGGCGACCGCUUUGCGCUGUGGUUCUCGCCAGAUGGGGAAUAUCUGGCCUUUUUGAGCUUCAACGAGACUGGUGUGCCAACGUACACGGUGCCGUAUUACAUGGACAAUCAGAAAAUCGCUCCCCCGUAUCCACGGGAGCUGGACAUCCGAUACCCCAAGGUAUCACAGACCAACCCAACCGUCCAGCUUGGCCUCCUCAAAAUGGGCACUAAGGAUGUAUCAGCUGUCUCGGUUGAUGCGUUUGAUGCUCACGAGAUGGUUAUUGGUGAAGUAGCCUGGCUCUCUGACUCGCACGACACAGUGGCAGUCAAAGCCUUCAACCGUGUGCAAGACAAGCAGAAAGUUGUUGCAGUGGAUGUCGCAUCGAGCCAGACCAAGGUGAUCAGCGAGCGAGAUGGUACGGAUGGGUGGCUUGACAACACGCUUUCUAUGGCAUACAUUGGUCCCAUCAACUCGAAGACUGAGUCGUCUGCUUAUUACAUCGAUAUUUCAGAUCAGUCGGGCUGGGCGCAUCUGUGGCUCUUCCCAAUUGCGGGUGGUGAACCUAUUGCCUUGACUGAGGGCGAAUGGGAGGUUACGUCUGUUGUCAGCAUUGACAAGAAACAGCAGUUAGUAUACUAUCUGUCGACGCAGCGUCACAGCACGGAACGUCACUUGUACUCGAUCUCCUACAGCAGUAAAAAAGUCACUCCGCUGGUUGACGACACCGUGUCUGCGUACUGGUCUGCUUCUUUUUCUUCGCAAUCGGGCUACUAUAUCCUCUCGUAUCAGGGCCCUGAUGUGCCGUAUCAGGAACUCUACUCUGUUAACCAGACCAAACCCAUUCGUACCAUAACUAGCAACUCCGCAGUGCUGGAGAAGAUCGAGCAAUAUGCGCUUCCAAACAUCAGCUACUUUGAGUUGACGAUUCCUUCGGGUGAAACCCUCAAUGUCAUGCAACGGCUGCCCGUCAAUUUCUCGCCUCAGAAAAAAUACCCCAUUCUGUUUACCCCGUACGGGGGACCUGGUGCGCAAGAAGUGGCCAAGUCAUGGCAGUCUAUGGAUUUCAAGGCAUAUAUCGCCUCCGAUCCAGAGCUGGAAUACGUGACCUGGACUGUCGACAACCGGGGAACAGGCUUCAAAGGGCGGAAGUUCCGCUCGGCUGUUGCCCGGCAGCUGGGGCUCUUCGAAGCUGAAGACCAAAUCUAUGCAGCCAGAGAAGCUGCCAAGAUCCCCUGGAUCGAUGGAGAUCACAUUGGCAUCUGGGGCUGGAGUUUUGGCGGGUACCUAACCAGUAAGGUCCUCGAAGUGAACAGCGGUGCAUUUUCACUCGGCCUCAUUACCGCUCCGGUGGCAGACUGGCGCUUCUACGAUUCCAUGUACACCGAACGGUACAUGAAGACGCUUGCCACCAAUGCCGACGGGUACAACACUAGUGCCGUCCACUUAGCCGACGGGUUCAAGAGUGUCAGCGGGGGUUUUCUCAUCCAACAUGGAACGGGCGACGACAAUGUCCACUUCCAGAAUUCCGCUGCAUUGGCGGAUCUCCUGAUGGGGGCCGGGGUUACACCAGAGAAAAUGCAGGUGCAAUGGUUUACAGACUCCGAUCAUGGCAUUCGAUACAACGGGGAUAGUUUGUUUCUGUAUCGGCAAUUAUCGAAGAAACUUUUCGAAGAGAGGAGUCGGCCUGGAAAGGUGCUGAAGCACCAGUGGAGUCGGAGGAACCUGUAA